GAUAUCUAUAAGCGUAUAUGUGUAUAUAUGUGCAUAAAGCUGAAGACAAACACCGUGAUUGACACACAUACAUACAUACAUACAUAUAUAUAUAUAGAGAUAUAUAAAGCAGUGUCUAAAGUGCAUUUUGGGUUUAGCUUCGGCCCCGGAAGUGAAGGUGUCCGGUAACGGUAACCGGUUCCGAUCGUCACUUUUCCCUUUCCCGUUCCCGUUCCCGUUCCGUUUUCCGGAGCGCGCGCGCGUUUUGACUUUUUUUUAAAUAAAUUAAAUUGGCAAUUGGACAACAAACACUUGACUAGACAGGCCAGUGUGUGCGUGCGUGUGUGUGUGCGUGUGCGUGUGAGUUUGUUUAUUUGAGUGUGCGUGUGUAUUUCGGCACUCAUUUGUGUUAGUUGAGGAAGAAGCUAAGGAGCAGCUGCACCGCCGGCAAUCGGCGUCGCUGCCAUCCACAAUGCUGGACAUUAAAUCAUCCGCCGAUUAUUUGUCGAGAUCCACAGGCAGCUUCAGCAAUUUCUCAAUGCUCUUCGCAGGUGAGUGGGCGAUGUGUGAAUCCAGCCGGCCAACGGUGAUGGGCAAUCCCACAUGGAAUCCAAAUUCCUCGUACAAAUCGUCGUGGGGCUCCCACAGCUCCACACAAUCACAAGGCUACAGCUCGAAUGCCUUGAGCAUUAAACAUGAUCCGCACUCACAACUACGGCAACCUGAUCCAUAUCAAAUGUUCGGACCCACCAGCAGCCGACUCGCCAGCUCAGGCUCGGGACAGAUACAAUUAUGGCAGUUCCUGCUCGAGCUGCUGUCGGACAGCAACAAUGCCAGCUGCAUCACCUGGGAGGGCACCAACGGCGAGUUCAAGCUAACCGAUCCCGACGAAGUGGCCCGCCGCUGGGGCGAGCGCAAAUCGAAGCCCAACAUGAACUACGACAAGCUGAGUCGCGCCUUGAGAUACUACUAUGACAAGAAUAUCAUGACCAAGGUGCACGGCAAGCGCUACGCGUACAAGUUCGACUUCCAGGGCCUGGCGGCUGCCACACAGCCGGCGGCCAGCGAUCCCACCUAUAAGUAUCAGAGCGAUCUGUUCAUGACUCCAUAUCAUCACAGCGCCAAGCUGAGCUCGUUUAUGAGUCCGCAUCACGGCAUGACCUCGUCCUCAGCUUCCAUCUUUCCCACGGCCGCUUCGUGGGGCAAUUGGGGCAGUCCUGCUACCAAUUUGUAUCAGCCGCACUCGAUGGGCCAUGUGACCCCGUCGCAUGUGGCGCCGCACCUGAGCUCCUAUCCGCACUAUGCAUGACCAUCAUAAUAUGAGAACAA